UUAUGCGGUUUAUUAUUUACGAUUACUCUAUGCCCUAUGGUUUUACAUAUUUCUCUCCUCGUUUGCUUACGCUUUUCACCUGCGUCCUGCACGUUAUCAGUACCGGUCUGGUUGGGCCACGUAAAUAUUCGUGUGCCGUCGAGUCGGAAUAAUAGAUGGGGUUUUGUGCGGAAACAAAAAUCGCUAUCGCUAUGCAACUUACAUGUUCCGAUCGAGUGUUUUAAAUAAUAUUAUUAUUCUAUAGGCAUCACACGCCCAACUACUUACUUUUUUAUCCAUUCUGUCCCGGAACUUUCAGGAUUUCUACUGUCAAUAGUUGAUAUUAUUGAUAAUGCUCUUGUUGUUAAUGCUUCCAAUUGUUCAAUUAAUACAUGGUUUAGAUGUUUCUAAAUUUGUUCCAAAAGUUUCUGCUGAUAAUUCACCUUGCAAAAGUUGUAAAAUAUUAAUUCAAUCUUUUGAAAAGGGCCUUGAGAGAACUAAAAAUGGUCACUUUGGUGGUGGAAAUACAGCAUGGGAAGAGAAAAAUCUAUUGACUUAUUCAAAAAGUGAAAUAAGAUUUGUGGAAAUCCACGAUUCACUGUGCACUGAACUAUCUCAAGACCAAGAUAUGUGUUUUCAUUUAUCAAGUGAACAUGAACAUCAUUUAAAAGAAUGGUGGACAGAUGGCCGUCAAGAAGAUUUAUACCAAUGGUUUUGUGUUGACAAAUUAAAAGUAUGUUGCCCCCCAAAACAUUAUGGUCCUGAAUGUUUACCAUGUACAGGUUAUCCAAAUGUUUGUAAUUCUCAUGGAACUUGUAAGGGCGACGGAACUCGAAAAGGCAAUGGGUCAUGCAAAUGUAAAAAUGGUUAUGAAGGUACCAACUGUGAUCAUUGUGCAGAUAAUUAUUUUGUCAUACUGAAAAAUAAUACCUUUACUUGUGAAAAAUGCCAUAAAUCUUGUAAAGAUAGCUGUAAAACUUCCGGGCCAAAAGGUUGUAAUGAAUGUAAAGAUGGAUGGGUGUACAUGGGUGAAGGUGAAGGUUGUGUGGAUGUUGAUGAAUGUUUAGAACAAGAUGUUUGUACUUCACAACAAUUUUGUGUUAAUAAUGAUGGCUCAUAUUCAUGUUUGAGCUGUGAUCCAUCAUGUACAGAUUGUUAUGGUGACGGAAAUGAUAUGUGCUAUAAUUGUGCUUCAGGAUACAUCAUGAAAGACAGAAAAUGCAUAGUGGACACCAAAUGGAGGAGCUCUGAUCAAUCUCGUUAUCUAACAUAUGGUGGCCUAGGAGUAGCAACAAUAAUUAUUUUCAGAAUGAAUACAACUCUUGCAAGUAUUGUUGGAGCAUUUAUAGCAGUUUACAUUAUGGUUGCUGAGUAUAUAAUGAAUGAAUUAUAUAAAUAACGAAAUAGAGUUUAAUAUACUAAGCAAUGUUUUCUUCCAUUAUCUGUAUUUAAAAUUAUAUAUUUAGUAGUUUUCUAUGUUUGUCCAACUCGUUUACCCAACUAAGAAAUAAUAAUUUUAGCAUUGUAAAAUUACAGUUUAUUGAUUAAAAUAGUUUUUAUUUUGUUAUGGUUAAUUAUUAAACAGUACAAAACAAAAAAUAUGGACAUAAUUUAUUAAAAUCCGAUUAAUUUAUACAAACAUAAAUUUAUUUUUCAUUAUGUAUUUAUUAGAUUAAUUAAUUUAAAAAUUAUAACCUUAAAGACAAAACACUCAAUUAUAAAUUAUAAUACUUGAAUAAAUUAAAUUUAAAAAAAAAAACAUUUUUUUAAGAUAAAGUACAUUAUUAAAUAACCAUGGAAUUAUUAUAUUUAAUUUUUUUGAAUAUUAUAGAUUUAAUUUUAUUAAAUAUUAUAGAUUUAAUUUUAUUAAAAAUUAUAGAUUUAAUUAUAUUAAAUUAAAAAACUCAAAAGUUGUUACCAUUAUCUAUUAAAUACACAAUUCAACAAUAAUUGCUUUCCAUAUUUUAUAAAUUUAAACUCAAUAGUUAAACUAGAAUAAUAAAUUAUAGAUAAAUUUAAAUUACAUAGUUAAGAAUUAUAGAUUUUUUGUGUUUUAAUUGAAACAGAAAUAGCAUUAGGUAUUUGUUUACAUUUUUAACAAAAUUAACAUAUUCAAUUUGGCUAAAAAAAAAUCUUAUUAUUUUUAAAUUAUACAAUUAAUUUAGAAUGUAGUCCAAUUAUUAAUACUUUCUUAGCUAAUACUCUUUAAAAAUAUAUUAUAUUUUCUAUUAUAAAUUAUACUAUAGAUGCUUAAAUAACAAAAUUAAAUGUUUGUAUCAAUACUAAUCAUUAGUAUUUCUAACGCAUUAUUGUUGUUUGAGUAUAAAAUUGUUUUUAAAUAUAUAUAUUUUAGAUUAUUUAUAAAGUAUUAGACGAUUCAGUUACAAUAUUCAAAAUAGCACAGAAAGCAGUUUAAUGUGGUUAAAGUGUGUAUUUAAUGUUAAAUGGCAACACUAAUUUUUAUCUAAACCUAUCAAUACUGAACUAUUAUUUUACUAAUUGAAUGAUCCAUUAAUUAAGUUAAAUUUUAAAUUUAUAUAUCUAAAAUAUUUUUUGCAAAUACUAUGUUUUAUAUUCUCAAAUUACCUAAAGUAAAUAUUUUAUUAUGUUAUUCUUUUUUUUUUUUUUUAUCAUUUCAUUUGGUUUAUUAAUUUUUACUGUACAAUCUAUAUAUUUAAAUUAAUUAAAUAAAUCUAUUUAUUUUGUGAUAUUUUUUGCCUUCAAGGUUAUAGUAUUAAAAAAAAUUAUUUUUUAAGCAAACGAGGCUGAUUAGUAUUACUUUAUAUAAUUUCUUUGAAAAAAAAAAAAUGCUUUAGAAUUUGUGAUGAUCACCUAAUCUAGUACAGUUUGAAGUACACCAAUUUUAUGAAUUGUUGUUUUACCCUAAUGUAAUUAAAUUAAAUAAAACAAAAUUCUACAAA